AUUUUCCGUUCUUCAAUCACCUCUUCAUGGAGCAACUAGUUUCACAAGCACUAGACCUAUGUGUUCUAAUCUCUCAGGUUCUCAGACAAAUAUUGAAGCUGCUGUAAAUCCUAAAUUAACUUGUAAUACAUCUUUAAAAACUUUGGGAAGUGGAACAUAUGGACAAGUCAUUUCUGAUAGAAGCCUUUCAUUGAAUUCAUCUGCAAUAAAUAUUGCAAACAGAUUACCAGAAAAAUCACAAUCAUCAUCAAUCACAGCACCUUCUCAAUUACCUUGGACAUUACGAUCGUCUGUUAUGGUCUCCAGUGAAUCUAUUUCACAGAUUCAAAAAGUAGAGCAAGCAGCUUCCAAACAAAAUGUUGAGGGACAUCUGAGAUCGUCUCAUUGGUCUUCGCAGAGUCUUUCUAAUUCUGCUUCGAAUUCACCUAUUUUACCAGAGUGUUCAUUGAAAAUGACUUCUAACAGUGGAAGCACCGAUUGCAUUUCUUCAAUGGGACAAUUAUACGGUACAUCACCAUUAAGCAGCUUAGAAUCAUCACAAGUUUGGCCAAGUUGUUCCCAAGGAAGAAGAUUAUCUAGACAUUCACCUUUACAUACACAAUCAGUUCUUCCUCCCACAUCAACUGGUAAUAAUAAUGUAGCUGGAGGACUUUCUACUUUAGUAUCAAACAUUCCAGUUUCUUCAUGUUCACAAGGUCGAACUGAUAAGCCAAAAGAAAGGAAAGAGAAAGAAAGAGUAAGCUUAAUGAAACGUUUGACAAAAAAGAAAUCGAAAUCUCCUCCACCAAACAGCUAUUCUAUGAAUGGUUCUACUUUGGCUGAAAGUCCAGGCUCCAGUAGUCAAUCUUGUCUACCACUUGUUCAUGUGAGAUCAGUGUCAUGUCCAAGUGAGGCAUUAGGUAGUCAGACAGCUCUUCAUAAGAAAUCGUGUUCUUUAGAUGGUAAUGCAGCUGGAGUACAGAGGUUAUCUUCUCGUUCUAAACAACCUGCACCUUUAAUAAAAGAAAGAUUUCGUUGUAUCGUGCCUUAUCCACCAAACAGUGAUUACGAGCUAGAAUUAAAAGUAGGAGAUAUUGUUUAUGUUCACAAGAAGAGAGACGAUGGAUGGUACAAAGGUACCUUGCAGAGAACAGGUAGAACUGGUCUUUUUCCAGCUAGUUUUGUCGAAAGUUUCUGACGUGCAGGCCUGCCAUAGAAUUUUGUACUUAAAAAUAUGAUGUGCCACUACUUAGUAUUGUUUAACUUGCUCGAUUACUUUAAAAGAAUUUUGGGAACAAAUCAUUGUGAACUUAUUGUGAUAUUUGGAAGGCACCAUAAUUUCUAUGGUGUUUGUAAUUUUAGCAUUUUGUACAGCGUAUCAGAGGCAUCAACUUUUUGAGGCCUUCUUCAGUCAUUCAUACGAUGUCAUAGAAUUUUUAAUAUACAAAAAAUAAGUAAAAAAAAAAAAUCUUGUUUGCUCUUAAUCUAGAUUGCUAUACAAAUUUAGAUGUCGAGGAAGUGACUUUUGGUGAAAAAUAAAUGUCAUAUUGUAAUUUCCUGUUAUACUAUGUUUGUGUAGUAUUCAUAUGAAUGUUUGCAUGCCUUGUGUAAUGUAUUUCAGAUCAUUUUGUAAAUAUUGUAUUUUAAAAUUAGCAAAUUUUUGGUAAUAAGCUCUUUUUGAUCUGUACCAUUUGCACUACAUUCCAUGACGUUUUUGUUGAUUGUUAUAUAAUUUUUUUUUCUUUUUAUUUAUAUAUAUAUUAUAUAUAUUAGAAUUUUAAAGUGAUCUUUACAAAAUUCGAUUUUGAAAGAGUACAAAUUGGUGCAUUUUGUCUUUUUGAGAAACGUUCGUAGGUUGUGACGUGGAAUCAAUUCCUCUUUAUUUUUAUUUUGUUAAAGUGCCAAUUUUAUUAUUUAUUGUUUUUAUUCUUUAAACUAAGAUAAUGCUUAGAUAAAAAGCAGAUUUACUCGUUAUUUUUUUACACGGUUCCUAUACUUGUAUCAAAUAUACUUUUUUUUAAUUUAUUUACUUUAAGGAUGGGUAUUGAUAUCAUUGCAUUAAAGUUUAAUGAUAAAAUUAUUUUGGCUAUGAACGAAAAUAAGCAAAAAAUAUCUUCGUGUAUUUUCCAAACUUCAUUUUAAUUUCACUUCCAUAAAUUAAUAGAAAGUUUAAAAUUUCAAAUAUUUUUCUGGAGCAUUAGUUUUCAAAAUUUCGGAUAGUAUCAUUCAUCGUAGAUAGUUCUCAUAUCAAAAUUUAAUUAGAUCGUCAUCUAUCCUAGUAGGUAAUUAACGAUUUUCAGAAAAUUUAAAGAAGAAAAAAAAAAAAAAGGGAUCAAUUUUCAGCAUCUUUCAUCAUUCUAACACUUAAAAAUAUCUUUAAAA